CCUGAUUUUUCGAGCCAUAUUCCGGCCAAAUCUGGACAUAUUGCUCAACCAAGUGGGAAAAAUCGGCGACUUUCUCAGUCUAGUAAAGCUUUCUUUGGUCUUGAAGCUGGUCUUUCUAACUGGCAUCAAGAGCAGCAUACUCUCUAUCCGCGUCAAACCGACUCACACGGACCGCCUCUUUAUCUCGGUCUGACGCUCCUCCUAGAUUAUGCUAUUGAUACUGUUGAAGAAGAUUCAAUUGACCAUAUUCGUUCCAACUCAGAUUUGCCUGAUAAUGUUAACACGGGCACGUUCGACACAGCAGAUAUCAACCAGUCGGCACCACUCUCAUAUCUUGUGGCGAGUCGUAUGGCUGAUGCUAGAAAGACGACUCGUCGACUGAUGCCUGGUCGCAAGUGUCAUCUGUCGUUUCGCAUCUCCUUUCUGCCCACAGAACUCUGCCCUUUGGCGAUUCGGCGGCCUUGGUUUCAGUUCGAGAAUGAACGACAGCGUCACAGACUGUCGAAGACCGUGAUGGGGAAUGCUGAUGAGGAAGCUCAAUGUGAUAAUCCCACCUCAGUCAGUGAUAUCGUUAGAUCCUCACUAGAUGGGGACCCUAUGAUCAAGCCAUACCAAGCAAAAGAGGCAUUUUUCACAUGCGGAAAAGCCUAUCUUUGCUGCUUGCUGGAGGCGCACUUGCCGCUUAAGCCUGAGGUUCGUCCAGUAGUAUGA